AAAAAGCGGAUUUAAGCAAAUGAAAAUGCAUUUAAGUCCUGAAUGCGUGUAAUUAGUGAUUUUACGACUAGUCAUGAGUCGACUGCUUUAUUUGUUACUAUUAUUUUCAAAUUCUAACUCUCUGAACAACACAACGAUACAACAUUUGAUAUAUAAAGGAUAUAACGUAGGGAUCCAUCAGUAUUCUUACGCAGUGUAUUUAUAUUUGGAGUCGACCAGGCCAUCGUCUUGCGGAGGCUCUUUGAUCAUGGUUCAAGCAGUCCUGACUGCUGCACAUUGCGUCGAUACAGUUAGAUAUAGGAGAGGCAAUAUCUUCGCGUAUUUUGGUGCUACUGUUCCUAAAGAUGCUCAUAUAGUGAGGAAAGUAGUGAACUAUAAAAUAAAUCCAAAAUAUGACGAAGCUAAAGGAAGAAGUAAUCUUGCUGUGGUGUUUUUGGAGAAACGAGUGCCCUUGAGACACGAAACGAAAAAGAUUCCGUUGGUAAAUAAAAAUCCGCUUGUGGGCACUGACGUGUUUUCGGUUGGGUGGGGAAAGCAAAGAUUAGAUAGCAAGCUGCCAGACUUCAGCAAAUUUCGGACCCUAAAGGCAACAAAACAAAAAAUCAUGUCGAGAACUGAAUGCGAAAAAUAUGCCGGAUUCAAAAUAUCUGCAGCCACACUCUGUACUCUGCCUAUUAUAGGCCAUCAUUACAGAGACGACGCAGGCAAUGGUUUAAUACAGAGAGAACCGUCUCAUCUCCUGAUUGGGGUGUUAUCCUUCAUUUCUCGCGACGUCAGCGUCUAUAGCAGCGUACUGGCUCAUAGAGACUGGAUAAUCAAAACAUGCAGAGAUUUAUAUGUUCAAUCGUGUAUUGGUGCGAAAGGAUGA